GAGUCAUCGCCCUAGCAACGCAAGGAGCCGCUUGGGAAAGAUCCCGCCUGAGGUUCUCGUCUCUGCUUCCACACAAGGUGCAGGAGGCUGCCCAGGAGCUGUGGCGUGCAGAGAUGGACUGCGACUUAACUACGAGCCCUGGAUAUCCUCCCGCCACUUCCAAGGGCCAGAUGAUGGAGGAGCGUGCCAACCUGAUGCACAUGAUGAAACUCAGCAUUAAGGUCUUACUCCAGUCUGCCCUUAGCCUGGGACGCAGUCUGGAUGCAGACCACGCCCCCUUGCAGCAGUUCUUUGUAGUGAUGGAGCAUUGCCUCAAACAUGGGCUGAAAGUUAAGAAGAGUUUCAUUGGCCAAAACAAAUCUUUCUUUGGUCCGUUGGAGCUGGUGGAAAAACUUUGUCCUGAAGCAUCAGAUAUAGCCACCAGUGUCAGGAAUCUUCCGGAAUUAAAGACAGCCGUGGGAAGAGGCAGAGCUUGGCUUUAUCUUGCUCUCAUGCAGAAGAAACUGGCAGAUUAUCUGAAAGUCCUCAUCGACAAUAAGCAUCUCUUAAGUGAGUUCUAUGAGCCCGAGGCACUAAUGAUGGAGGAAGAGGGCAUGGUGAUUGUCGGUCUGCUGGUGGGACUCAAUGUUCUGGAUGCCAAUCUCUGCUUAAAGGGAGAAGACUUGGACUCUCAGGUUGGAGUGAUUGACUUUUCCCUCUAUCUGAAGGAUGUGCAGGAUCUCGACAGCGGCAGAGAGCAUGAGAGAAUUACCGAUGUCCUCGAUCAGAAAAACUACGUGGAAGAACUUAAUCGGCACUUAAGCUGCACAGUUGGGGAUCUUCAAACCAAGAUAGAUGGCUUGGAAAAGACGAACUCAAAGCUUCAAGAAGAGCUUUCAGCUGCAACAGACCGAAUUUGUUCCCUGCAAGAGGAGCAGCAGCAGCUGAGAGAACAGAAUGAAUUAAUUCGGGAAAGAAGCGAAAAGAGUGUGGAGAUAACAAAACAGGACACCAAAGUUGAGCUGGAGACUUACAAGCAGACCCGGCAGGGCCUGGACGAAAUGUACAGUGAUGUGUGGAAGCAGCUGAAGGAGGAGAAGAAAGUCCGCCUGGAACUAGAAAAGGAGCUGGAGUUACAGAUCGGAAUGAAGACGGAGAUGGAGAUCGCCAUGAAGCUACUGGAGAAGGACACCCAUGAGAAGCAGGACACGCUCGUCGCCCUCCGCCAGCAGCUGGAGGAAGUCAAAGCAAUCAACUUACAGAUGUUUCACAAAGUCCAGAAUGCAGAGAACACUUUACAGCAGAAGAAUGAAGCCAUUGCCUCCUUUGAAGGAAAAACCAAUCAAGUGAUGUCCAGCAUGAAACAAAUGGAAGAAAGGUUACAGCAGGCGGAAAGGGCCAGACAGGGGGCGGAGGAGCGGAGCCACAAAGUCCAGCAGGAGCUCAGCGGAAGGGUCAGCGCCCUGCAGCUCCAGCUGGCCCAGCUGCGCGACCAAUGCUCAGGUCUAGAGAAAGAACUGAAAUCAGAAAAAGAACAGAGGCAAGCUCUCCAGAGAGAGUUACAGCGUGAGAAAGACACCUCCUGUCUGCUCCAGACAGAGCUACAGCAAGUGGAAGGACUGAAGAAGGAGCUACGGGAGCUCCAAGAUGAGAAGGCGGAGUUACGGAAGGUCUGUGAGGAGCAGGAGCAAGCCCUCCAGGAGAUGGGACUGCAUCUCAGCCAGUCCAAACUAAAGAUGGAAGACAUAAAGGAAGUAAACAAGGCACUGAAGGGCCACACAUGGUUGAAAGAUGAUGAAGCAACCCACUGUAAGCAGUGUGAGAAGGAGUUCUCCAUUUCCCGGAGAAAGCACCACUGCCGAAACUGUGGCCACAUUUUCUGCAACACGUGCUCCAGCAACGAGCUGGCCCUGCCCUCCUACCCGAAGCCGGUGCGUGUGUGUGACAGCUGCCACACCCUGCUCCUGCAGCGCUGCUCCUCCACGGCCUCCUGAGGCCGGCAGCCACCAGCAGGGACCUUAACCUGCUGACCUCCACCCUCCGAGUGGAGGAAAGCCUCAGGUACAGUGCCAAACUCUGCGUCUCCAGAGACCUGCCAGGGCCCAAGAGAAUCACAGGAGAGAAUGAAGCCCUCACCAGGCUGUCAGCCUCUGACGACAGCGCCGGCGGCAGCUGAGCAUUUGUCCACGGUUCGUGUGGAGCCAGCUCCUCCGGUCCGACACGUCUGUGUCCUCGGUUAUGUCCUGGCUCUGGGACAGGUGGAACCUCAUGACUUUGCUACUGUCACUUCCACUUUUCAAAGGACUAACCUGUCCUGCAGCAGUCGCACUGGUACAGCAUCAUCUCUCCUACCCACAUCCCAUAGAAACCUCCAUUUCUGCAGUGCUUUGGACUCAUGGGUCUGUCAGUGUGCCUUGUCUGCUUCCACACCCACCAUUUGCCAUCAUGCCCCUGUCAACACCUAUCAUUGGCCCUGCAAUAAAAUCCUUUAUUUUUCA